AUGAGUGUGAAGGAAAUUAAUAUUGACUGCGAUGCAGACCAGUUGAAAACAGCUGUUAAUGCAGCAAAGAAUGCCCUUGAUAGAACGGAUUCGAAUCAAGAACGAGCUUCUAUUGUUAGGAAGGCUAUGGAUGAUCGUUAUGGGGCAGCAUGGAGCUGCAUUUCAGGAAGAGAUUUCGGAAGAAUGGAUGUUAAGAGAUUGCAAAUAGAGAUUGAUCAUUCCAAAUUGCAGACAGCUAUCGAUGCUGCUUCAGGAGCGUUAAGGAGAACAAGGUCAAAUCAGGAGAGAGCUACGAUAGUUCGACAGGCUAUGGAUGAUAGAUACGGACCAGCGUGGAGCUGUGUAACUGGAAUGGAUUUUGGAAGUGAAAUUCCAUACCUUCCGGAGAACUUCGCAUUUUUCACAGUCAACAACGUUUCCUUCCUUGUUUGUAAGUCUACUGAAAAUGUGAGAGUUGUGUGA